UCUACAGUCGAUCCCAUAAAUAUUCGUACCCUCUAUGUCUAUCGAAGAAGUUUGACUAAAUUAAAUAAUAGUUUUGAUGCUACCAAAUGAAUUUUUCUAUAAUAUAUUUAAUAUUAUUUCUAUAACAAGUAAAGAGAAGUUAAUGUUUCUGGGAAGUCAUAUACACACAACGAGUAACAUACAUAUUUUUACACUUGUCAUUUGCGUUUCCAAAAUUUAUUUAAAAACAUGACGUCUAUUACUUAACAUAGACACUCGUUCAAUAAACAUAGAGGAUACGAAUAUUUAUGCGACUGAUUGCAUAUGUAAGUAUGCCUCCUUCAAAACCACUGUGUAACACUUUCCGCGAGUCUUCAUCUGAACGCAUACAGGUCAGCCGUGUCUGACCAACGUCUGAAUCUACUUCCGGGUACACCGUCUACCGGUCUCUACCUCUGCUAUUCAUUCUAAACCUAAUAUCCCGCUCUCCUUCAUUCUCCUCGAUCGUAAUACCCUCUGAAAAAUAAAUCAAUAAAUUUUUCCUUAGAAGUAGGUCGUCUCGUCUAGUUUUACCCCGAGGACCGCGUCAUCCUCCAAACAGCCGGACUAAAACAGCUCCCCUAGAGACAUUUGCACACGGUGGCAUCUCAUUGAAACCAAUCUCGAUUUGGCGUGUCGAUUUUCCGGUUAACUAAGAUUUAUUUCGGUCGCGCGAACGACGAAAAGAAUUCCUGUGAAACAAUUGGCGUCGCGCAUAGUGCCGGCGUCGAAGUCUCUUGCGUGCCACCGGGCGUGCCGCGCGAUCCACGCCUCGCGUGUCACGUCUGGUGUCGUCAUCCGGGAUCAUCGAUCGCCGAUCCGCCGAAAUAAAACCACGCGCAAACCGUGUGGAACAACGUUUUCCGGUCUCAGCUGAUCGGGGACACCUUUUCGCGCCCGUUCUCCUUCCUAUCUCUUCAAAGACCAGCCCCACCUGUAUUUCUCUUUCGUUCUCCCCUCUCGGGUGCUACCCGUCCCCUCUACCCGACUCUCGACUGCUGGAGAUCACUUUCGAAGACCCGUUAACCUACUCGGGGCCUCAGUGUUCCCGCUGCCUUCGGACCUGUGCGCUAUCGGCCCAGGUGAGCGCGCUUUUGCUUUCUCAACGAUCGUCCUUGGAUGCUGGUAGCCGAGCGUGGCGUUCCGAGGUAGGUGACUCUGAUGCCAAGCAGUUUGGACGGAGAGCCGGAACUAGCCGGUUCUCUCAGGGUCGCGAGUUCCAAAAUCGAAUCGAGAGGAUGAAGGGAUGGUUCGACGCGUUCCGCAUCGACGGGGGCCCGACGUUGUACAGCUACAACAACAGGACACCGGUCACCGGCGACGUUCCUUUGGUGAUCGUUUUCGUUAUCUUCGGCACAAUCUUCACGGCGUUUCUCGUGAUAUUCCCUGGCGUGCGAAAGGAGAGACUCAGUACAUUUCUCACCGUGACCCUGAGCCUCUUCGUCGGAGCCUCGAUUCAAGUGGCCCAGUAUGGCUCGUCCUGGCACACCAGCUCCGCGACCGUCGUCAGCACGUACAGCGCGUACACCAGGCAGAAGACCACCGCUGAAAUCGGAGGCUACAUCGGCCUGAUGCACAUAAACAUCACGUACAGACUGGUGCCUAAUAGCGAACACCCAGUAGAUGACAUCGAGUACAACGAAAGGUUUUGGUGGAGAAGCACGGGUGAGAUGACCAGUGCCUUCAAGGAGGCCCUGAAUCAGGGCGCACCGUUUCCUAUAGUGUCUCUAGCGGAGUACUUCAGCCUUCACGAGGAGGGCUUCUCCUGGGGAAGCAAAUAUCGUCAAGCUGGAUACUACGCGUCCCUCAUGCUAUGGACAUCCUUCGCCUCUUGGGCUAUGACGAACCUCCUGUUGGUAGUAGUGCCGCGUUACGGAGCGUACGGCAUGAUUUUCACCGGUAUAUGCAUGCUGUUGACGAACCUGAUAUAUUGGGCGCUUCUGCCGUGCGAGCCUCUAAUAGCGCACAUCGAUGGCUCCAUCCUUGCUUUCGAUCUGGGAUGGAAUUAUUGGCUGAUCUUACUGUCUGGUAUUGGAUGCAUGUUCGCUGGCGCGGUGAUAACGGCAAUCGAUAUGAUAUUCCCUCAUCAGUUCUCCACUAUACUCGAGGUUGACUACGACACUCCCUACGACCGACACGUUAUCAUAGAGGAGAGCUUCGACACGAGGAACAUCAGACGGAGGCUACCUAAAAUCGAGGACUCUUUCGGUGAUCGCAUAAUAAGUCAACUGUCGUCGAAAUUGCAGAGCAGACACGAAGCCAAGGAAGACACUCAGGGCGUGAUAAAUCGCGGCUACACGCCGCACGAGUCUUCGGAGUUCCAGCACGAGGACACCACCAAGAACAAUUGGUCGUACCCUUUUCCAUCGUCCUCGCGAAGAACCAUCAACGGCUGAUUUCUGUUGUUCGCGUACGUUCUUCGGUCUUCCGAAAUAAAAAUCAUAUCUUUAUACCGCUUACUCGUCUAGUUACCACCCUAGAAAUCCUGGGAGAGAAGGGAGAGAAUAGACAGCCACCAGUCACA